UCCUGACACUACAUUUAUUUUAUUUUUUUUAUCUAUUUUCUGUCUCAAAUCUUGAAUCUUCAGCUCCUCUCAGUUUAGCUUUUAUACAGUGUUUACUGUGGUGUGUUAAUGGAAUGAGGCUGUAAAUUGAGAAGCAUGACCCAAAGAGUGUAGUGGGAUGUGCAGCACCUCUAGAUUGAGGUGCUGUCCAGCUAUAUGUUAAACCCUUCUUGGAGGUUUACAUUUUGCAAAGGUUAUUCUUAUCUCCUUUAUUAAAAUUUUUACGGACAUUUGCAAUUGGCCUUGAUCCACUAGGUCAUCUCAGCUGAUGAACCUAGAGGCACUACAAUCCCAACCAAAGAGCCCACUUCUUUUUUUAACACCUGUUCCCACAGUACAUGUUCCUUUUUAUGUGGAAGAAAGGCUGGCAUACAAAAAACAUCUGAUUCAAAAUGCUUUAGAAUAGAUGGCCAAUUCAGGCUACUAAAGGAUUGAUGCUGGUUUGUAUUAAGAAAAUGGACUGAUGGAAAGAAAAUGAUAUAUUAAGGUGGCUUCUAGCAGUUAACUUUUAUAAAAUCUUGACCAUUUAUAUUUAAUGUAAUUUUACAGCUUUGCACUUGUUUGUGAACUGUAAUUGUGGAAUCUAGCAGUCUUGUUACAAGCCAUCUUGUGUGUCUGCGCUGCUAGGAAAUGGAGUUGGGAGGAACGUGAGGGCAAGUGUGAAAACCCUAUGUUACUCCAAACCCCACGCGCGUGCAAAGGCAUGGAGUGUAACUGCAGAGUAGCUGUCCAUUUGUCAUGAGACCUUUUUAUUAAUAUAGUGAAAUCUUUUCCCAGUAAAGGUGGGAUCUUCAGUACAGACACAUAGAAGGGAAUAUUAAGCAAUAGUAAUGUAAGGAGAACUUUUCUACGUCUUGUGGUUCUCAGCCCUUCAUAUGGACAGCUAACACUUAUUGCACUUCAUUGCUGCUUCAGCGUCACUGGCAUAGGAGCAAACUGCGCAUGCGUAGGUUGCUGAUUUCUUUAUUUCAGAGAUCUGGAGACACCUAGUUUGAGACUACUUUGGCGAGGAUUUAUGAAUCAAAUAUUUAAAUAAAAUGACUUUCUUUGUAAUCAGUGCAUUUACAAUAUCAAGCCAGCUGUUUCCUUGUAAUAAGAACUAAAUUGUCCAAUCUCUGAAUUUUAGAGCCUUUCUUCCAGCCAUGCACUCUGCCACCAACCCAGAACGUCCUGCAUGAUAAACAUAUGAAAACCAGCUUAUCCUUGUCUAAAUCAUAGAGCAUAUCCAAAAGCAUUUCACUUGCUUUGUUGAGAUCUUUUUACUAAUGAUAUUGUUUUAUUUUCUCUCUUGUUUUUGGUUUUUACCACUGAUAUUGUAUUUAGAAGGUUUCAGGUGGGUGAAAACUGCUAUUCCAUGCGUAAGGUGCCUCGCUGAAGGGAGCUCGAGGCCUGGAUCUAGGCAGACAUGCACCUCCUCCUCUUCCAGCAAGGAACGCACCGAAUGAGAAAAUAUGGCUUGUUAUUUGAAAGCAAUUGAGACACAACCAAACUUUGCAGUUGCUUGGAGUAAUCUUGGUUGUGUGUUUAAUGCACAAGGAGAGAUCUGGCUUGCUAUUCAUCACUUUGAGAAGGCUGUAACUCUUGAUCCUAAUUUUCUGGAUGCUUAUAUUAAUUUGGGAAAUGUUCUUAAAGAGGCUCGUAUAUUUGACAGAGCUGUUGCUGCGUAUUUACGAGCCCUUAGCCUCAGUCCAAAUCAUGCUGUGGUCCAUGGGAAUUUGGCCUGUGUUUAUUAUGAACAAGGGCUUAUUGAUCUUGCGAUUGACACCUACCGACGGGCCAUAGAAUUGCAACCACACUUCCCUGAUGCAUACUGUAAUCUUGCUAAUGCUCUCAAAGAGAAAGGCAGUGUGGUUGAUGCUGAAGAAUGCUACAAUACAGCUCUUCGGCUCUGUCCUACACAUGCUGAUUCUCUGAAUAACCUUGCUAAUAUCAAACGAGAGCAAGGAAACAUUGAGGAGGCAGUGCGUCUCUAUCGGAAAGCUCUUGAGGUAUUCCCAGAGUUUGCUGCUGCUCACUCUAAUCUUGCCAGUGUCCUGCAACAACAAGGAAAGCUUCAAGAGGCUUUGAUGCAUUAUAAGGAAGCCAUUCGAAUCAGCCCAACUUUUGCUGAUGCUUAUUCAAACAUGGGCAACACAUUGAAGGAGAUGCAAGAUGUCCAAGGAGCUUUGCAGUGCUACACCAGGGCAAUUCAGAUAAAUCCAGCAUUUGCUGAUGCUCAUAGUAACCUUGCAUCCAUUCAUAAGGACUCUGGGAAUAUACCAGAAGCAAUUGCUUCAUAUCGGACUGCUCUAAAACUGAAGCCUGACUUCCCUGAUGCAUACUGCAACCUGGCACACUGCCUUCAGAUUGUUUGCGAUUGGACAGAUUAUGAUGAGCGGAUGAAGAAGUUGGUCAGUAUUGUUGCAGAUCAGCUGGAAAAGAACAGACUUCCCUCCGUACAUCCUCACCAUAGUAUGCUGUACCCGCUUUCUCAUGCUUUCAGAAAAGCCAUUGCUGAAAGGCAUGGAAAUCUGUGUUUAGACAAGAUUAAUGUUCUUCACAAGCCACCAUAUGAACAUCCAAAGGAUUUGAAGGCCAGCGAUGGAAGACUAAGGGUGGGUUAUGUGAGCUCAGAUUUUGGAAAUCAUCCUACCUCUCACCUGAUGCAGUCAAUACCAGGCAUGCAUAAUCCUGAUAAAUUUGAGGUUUACUGUUACGCUCUUAGUCCUGAUGAUGGUACAAACUUCCGUGUGAAAGUGAUGGCCGAAGCAAACCACUUUGUUGAUUUGUCCCAGAUUCCUUGUAAUGGGAAAGCAGCAGAUCGUAUACAUCAGGAUGGAGUCCACAUUCUGGUUAAUAUGAAUGGCUACACCAAAGGAGCACGAAAUGAACUGUUCGCACUUAGAGCAGCUCCCGUCCAGGCUAUGUGGCUGGGGUACCCUGGAACAAGUGGUGCUCCAUUUAUGGAUUAUAUCAUCACUGACAAAGAGACAUCGCCAGUUGAGGUUGCUGAGCAGUACUCAGAAAAAAUGGCAUAUAUGCCCAACACAUUCUUCAUUGGCGAUCAUGCCAACAUGUUUCCUCAUCUAAAGAAAAAAGCAGUGAUAGAUUUUAAGUCCAAUGGCCAUAUCUAUGACAACAGAAUAGUUCUUAAUGGGAUAGAGUUGAAAGCCUUUUUAGAGACUCUCCCAGAUGUAAAAAUCGUGAAGAUGAAAGGUGCGGAGAGUGCAGAUAGCGCCGACAGUAACUCUGCACUGAACAUGCCAGUUAUUCCAAUGAAUACAAUUGCUGAAGCCAUCAUUGAAAUGAUCAAUCGAGGACAAAUCCAGAUAACUAUUAAUGGGUUUAAUAUUAGCAAUGGGCUGGCAACAACACAGAUAAAUAAUAAAGCCGCAACAGGUGAAGAGGUUCCUCGUACGAUCAUUGUAACCACACGAUCACAGUAUGGCCUGCCGGAAGACGCUGUAGUGUACUGCAACUUCAACCAACUUUACAAAAUUGACCCUCCGACAUUGCAGAUGUGGGCAAAUAUUCUAAAACGUGUUCCAAACAGUGUUCUGUGGCUGUUAAGGUUCCCUGCAGUAGGGGAACCUAAUAUUCAACAGUAUGCCCUGAAUAUGGGGCUACCUCAGUCCAGAAUAAUCUUCUCUCCAGUUGCCCCUAAAGAAGAACAUGUUCGAAGAGGCCAAUUAGCUGAUGUUUGUUUAGAUACACCUUUGUGUAAUGGGCACACCACUGGCAUGGAUGUGCUCUGGGCAGGGACGCCCAUGGUCACUAUGCCAGGUAAGGAACUUGCGGAGAGCUUAGUAGUCCUCAACAAAGGUGGUUCUUCAGGCGAUACUCUUGCAUCUAGAGUUGCUGCAUCACAGCUCACCUGUCUUGGUUGCCCAGAAUUAAUUGCUAAAAGCCGACAAGAGUAUGAAGAUAUUGCUGUGAAACUGGGCACUGACCUAGAAUACCUGAAAAAGAUCCGUGCUAAAGUUUGGAAGCAAAGAAUAUCAAGUCCCCUGUUUAAUACCAAGCAGUACACCAUUGAUUUGGAAAGAUUGUAUUUACAAAUGUGGGAGCAUUACGCAGCUGGAAACAAACUUGAUCAUCUCAUCAAACCAGUGGAAAACACUGAUUCUGCUUAACUCUUACUGCCAUUGAAUGCAGCAACUUGGCUGUUCUUGGUUAUCUGGUGUUCACAGUUAGGCCUACUUACUGUGGAGAGACAUGGGAAUUAUAUUUGUUAAUCUUCAUUCAUUUUGUUUGUUUACUGUUAUUUCUCUUGCUAAAUUUUACAGGGAAUCUUGCAAUUGCUAUCCAAUUAUAACAUCAUGGGCAGAUAUUUGCUCAUGAGGAAACUUUUUUUUUUUUGUGUAAGAUUUGUCUCGCAGUAUACAUAUUUGAAGUUUGGCCUUUUAAACAUAAGUUCGGGUGUGUGUCUGCUAGCUCCAUAACAUAAAUCUUAGCCUGAUUCUGUUAGCUACCUGUGCAGGUUGAAAAAGUAAAAAAAAAAAAUACACAAAGCAUCAUUAAUGGUGUUAGUCCUUUUUAUAGGUUUUAUAAACCACUUGUAGCCUUUUAAUGUCUGCCAUCUGUUUACAAGCAAGCCUGUCUGUGUGUGAUGUGGUAUAAAUGAAACCUCUUCACAAUUAUCUGUCUCAAAUAUCUUAUUUCAAAAAAAUGUUUUUUUAAGUUGCUCAGCCUGUCAUAUAAUCCUUCAUAUCCUGUUUCCUUAAAUGACAGCUGUAUGGAUAAUGGGGUAAGCAGCAGAAUGAACUUGCUGAUGUGCUGUGGAGCUAUAUAGCAUACAGAUACUGGAAACUCUUGUAUGGUGUGCCAUGUAUUUAAUGGACUAAAUCGGAUUUAUUCAGUGUAUGUACUUGUACUUUGCACGCAGUGAACUCCUUGAUAUGUUUUGCUUAUGGAAUGUUGUUUGGGUUUUUAUUAUCUCCUAUUGAUGUUACAUGCACUGUUUGAGUGUAAAGUAAGCAUGUGCUGCAACCAAUUAGAUAAGUUAAUAAACCUUUGCACAUUGCCUAUAUGAUUUAAUAAACACAGUUGGCUUUUU